AUGGGGGAAGCGGCGUCAACCUAUCUACUUUUAACGCUGCUCCUCGCCUCGGUAGUUCCCCAACUAGACGCCCGCAGAGGAGGUAGACUAAUUACCCAAAUUUCGAUUGAAUAUUUAACUGGCUACAGGCGUGUCAAUGGGCGGCGGUUCAAGAGUUGGUGGUCGAGGAAUGUCCGGAGCACGAACGUCUUCUGGGGGCAGCGGCGGCUGGUUUGGCUCUUCAGGAGGUAGAAAGUCAGGAUCUUCUGCUCCUGCGGGCGGCAACGCCUACGGUCGCAAUACCAACUUUGGACGAGGUGUGAACGUCGUUUUUGAUGCUUUUAAACGGCGAGGUUAUUCUGAGUGCUGUGAUGCGGACUAAUAGUGGACUUCAUUCGCAAUGCAUUAUUGAGAAAUUAUUAUUUUAGCUUUUUUCAAGCCCCCUCUGGAUGCUGAAACUAGAUAAUUUGAGGGCGUGACCAUUUUUUAUAAUUUUCCCAGAGUCACAUAUUUUUUUUUUGCUUUGAGAUUUGAAAAAUAAAUAAAUGAAUGGAAUUUCAGGGGCCACUGGCAACAUCGGAUCGUCUAGGUUUGUCAUUUGCUCUAUACUUUAUGUUUAAACUUUCUCUGUCCCUAUUUGUCUAUCAACUUCAUUUUGCUUCCCAUUAAAAUGCAUGUAAAUGCUGGCUGUAUGUUUUUCGCCUUUUUUCUUCCCAGAUUGCAUGCUCUAAUUAAAUUUUCCCUUUGUUACUAAUUCUCUAAAGUGUUAAAUCGCAUGAAGAAAUAUCUCUUAAAAUAAGGUUCAAUGGAGAUUUAAUUAACAGUCCAAGGUAUUGAGUGAAUCUGAAUGGUUUCAUGUAGUUUUCGGUACGGAAAUGUCCUGUAAAACUGUAACUGACUGUCCGAAGUCCAGUUUCUCAAAAUGUAUGUUUGUUCGAUAGGAACUUUCAUAUUUUGAGUGAAAAAAAACAUAAUAUAGGUCCAGUCAUGGAACGGGAAUAUUCGGCGGUCGGAAGCAAGGACAUUCAGGCGGGAUUUUCGGUGGUGGCGGAAGGUCUAACUACGGUUCUCAUAGGUUAGGCUUCACUCUGGCAAAAGCUGCUAACAAUUCAUACACUCUAAUAUUUUCACACGAACAAAGAAAAAAAUGCCCGAGUAGCUGAAUCAAUUAACGUAAAAGAAAGACAGAAAAAAUUAAUUGCCGAAAGAAAAUAUGCCAUGGUCUUGACAUUUUAUAACGAUGUAUUUUUUGAAAACACCUUUCUGGCUCAAAAUUUGAAAAGGUGAGUUCUCUACCGAUUUUCGGAGUGUAAAGGACAUUCAAAAUAGGAUGACGACAUAAAAAAAAUGGAGCUUUAGUAUAAUAAACUAUAAAAUACCUUGAGUUUACUUCGAUUUUAUUAUUCCAUUAUAAACAGAAAUCUCAAAAUCCUCAAUUAAAACACUUUUCAGCCUCUCCAUCCGACUUUUCAAACUCUUCCUAGUUUGGAAAAAGACCAAAAAUCAUCGAGUUUCCUUAGGGGCACUCUAAAAUUUAUGGAGAUGACCUCGAGAUGUCCAAUUAAAAGAGAGACGCCACCGAAUUUCCGAGUAGGCAAUUUAAAUGAAGGAAAUUUUUUAGCUUCCUAUCUCUUUUUUUUUCAACCUCGCAUGGUUCAGUUCUUCUCUUUUUUUCAAAAUGAAGGAAAAAACGGCUGGAAGGGCAUGAAAACUGAUCUAUUUCAGCCGGAAAUCAGGCGGAAUCGGAGGCGUUUUACGCUCGAAUCAGUUCAAAAACGCAAUUGUUGGCGCCGCCGCCGGUUAUUUGACCUACCAAGCCGGAAAAGCCAUCAUCCGAGCUGCAGCGGCACCAAUGAUGUGAGGAAUUCGAAAAAGGAUAGAGAAAACAGGAGAGAGGAAAUAGGUGGAACAGUCGACCGUACUACUGGGGAUCUAACUACUAUCGAGGCGGAGCUGGAAGAUCCAACAUGUGUCGGAUGCCUGUUGACCCUAAUGACGGCCAAUUCGGCAACGUUUAUUUCCAGGUAAGAUUCUUCGUUGCUCGAGUGGAAAAAAUAAAGAGUGACGGGGUGAUCUGAUGAAGCCCCAGCGGACAAGGAAGUCAUACUGAAUUUUUCUGGCUCAGUUCAGCUUUUUUAGUCUAUUCUGGAAAAGGUAUAAAAUUUGAAAGAUGGGACUCCGGCGCCGUAAAAAAAGCAACUAGUUUGCUCUAAAGUAAUAAUAAAAAAUGGAGACAUGGAUUCUAAUAUUGCGUUCGAUCUAUUCAACUGAUUUCUAUGAUUUUUUUCUUUAAAUUGUCGGCUGUUAUACACUUUUUGCACUCAGCUCAAAUGGCCCUGGUCGCACAUAGGAUGGCUCAAAGCAGUCACGUUUAUGAUCGAUUUGACCUCGUUUUUAAUUUUCAAACAUUCUCCUUAGGAGGUCCUGACAAACUUUUUGCAGCCAUUUCGAGUCUGUUCGAAAAAUUCGAACUGAAACUGAUUGAGAUGGAUUCUUUUUUUACCAAUCUCUAUAGGCCUAGAUUAUCGACCAAAUUCGCAUUGAAAACGAGAACGGACCUCAGAUUCAUGGUUCAGGACAACACUCGGCCACGUGAGAUCGUGUGGGGCUGUGAGUACUACGAGUACUGCUGCGGCUACGAAUGUUGCCGAGGCGGCGGUGCCGGCAGCAGCACCUUCGGCGGCUCCCACGUCUCCAUGGGGUACGCUCUUCUCGUUGCUUCGCUCGUCCGCGCCUACGUGCUUUAGUUAUCUAGUGUUAUUUUAAAUACAUUCAUAUAUACAUAGUUUUACUUGGUUACACACUUCACUUUUUCAUUUUCAAGCUGGCUCUAGCCCGCGGCUUCCGCUUCUGCACCUGCACCUACGUUCCUUUUUUGCAGUUGUAUAGAAAUGUCUCUUUCGGUUCAUGUUUGGGUUGGCAGAGACGGAAAGAUCUUUUUGCUACUCCAAUAAUGCUUCAAAGUUCUAAUUUCCAAAAAUCGAGUCUUUAUACACUUCAUUUACUAUUUAAUAUCUUAAAAUUUUUACUGAUUUCCAAAUUUUCUGAUGAACUGGCUCUGAAUCAAGCGAAUGAGAAAAUAAAAAUGAAAGUCUUUUCGGUCUCUUUCCAAUCUUGCCUCAUAUUUUGCACUAACAAAAACGCUCGAACAAAUUUCUUAACUCGAAAAAUAGAAUCAUUUUAUAGUGUAGUGUAAAUCAUUGACUUUAUCAAAAUUCUAACCGAUUUUUCUCAUUUCCCUGCUUUCUCUAACCCUUUUUCUUGCUUUAAAACUCACCGAAACAAAUCUCACGACCAAAUCUUCGCCAUAUAACUCAUCUCCAUGUUUAUCAUAUCUUUGCUCAAAUUACUAGCUUUCCCGGCCAUAUACAUUGUUAUAUUUUAAGAUUUUCUCCGGUGAUUCAACCCCAUUGUAAAGACGAUUGACUAAUCACAAUGUAUCGGUACCAAAUUUUUGCCAAAGAUCGCAGUAGCUUUUUUGUUUCGUUUUGUUAUAUCCAGCAGUUUUGUUUUUCGGUGGCAAUAAAUUGAAAUGAAUUUGCGAGAUACGCACGGAAGUUUUUGGUAGAAAGUAGUUCACUUCUUUUGUUAGCUUUUUUUUCAGUUUCCGUAUGGAGCGAAUGAUAUUUUAUUGAAUUUCGAAAAUGGAACUGGAAAAAAACACUCGAGUGAUAUAAAAAGAAAUGGCUUCGAAAAACUCUGGAAAAAAACAUUAAUUCAACUAAAACACAGGUCCUCUUCAAAAUCAUGAAUUGUUUAAAAUUGUAUUCAAGUCUAGUGAAAAAAAUGAACUUCGUAGCUUGAACUCACGUAUUAGAAAAAUAAAAAAAUCAAAAAUUUGAAUUUUUUUUCUCGUGAAUACGUGAAAAUCGCAUGGAGAAUGGCUCGACGCAUUACGGUCGCGCUGCGGCUAGUUGUCAGAUUUUAAAACAAAGCACAAGUGUUUUGAGAUUUAUUACAGCCAUAGGGAAACUAACGAAAAGGACUAGCUUAGAAAAAAAAAAUGCACAUUGGAUUAGAGUUGUUCAAAUUUUCUUAACAGUCCGCUUGUUAUAAUUUGAAAUUUUUACGCAGUUAUAGCCCAUUCCUUGGCAGCUUGCCACGAUUUAUAUUUUCCUCCGAGCUACAGAACCUUUCUGAGUAGCUCUUCUCCGAGGCGCGUGACCUGCCUCUGUAUAUGCGCCUUUAAAUUGGCCCGAAAUUUUGCGUUGUAUUGAGACAGGCCGCGUACAUCGAAAAAAAGGGUUUCGUAGCUCGAAAAUUUAAAAAAAAUCGUCUAACUCUGGCGCGUGAUGGACUAUUAAAAGUUUCCACAGUCAGUUGAGAAGAAGAAAACAUAGGAAAAAAACUUCAAAUUUUUCACUCUUCGGCUAUUUUCUAACAUUUUUGAUUCAUUCCCAGAAAUACUAUCAUGAAAUUCACCUUCUCAUCGAUUCCAGGAUGCUUCUGGCCCUGGUCUGCCUCGCUUGUUGCUGUAUUCCAAUCUGUUUCGCGGUCUUCCGUCGGGGCGGCCUGAAACUUCCAGACAACGGAAAAAAUUACCGAGGUUGGUUUUCAUAACAAGUAAUCAGUAAGUUAAGAAAUACCGUUCAAUUAAACAAAUUGACAAAAUGAUAAGUUUAUUCACCGAAGAUCGAUAAAAUUACAAUGUCAAAUUUCUCUGAAAGUUUGCGUGAUACUCCGAAUUUUUUCAGCACCACAAGCAUCGGCCCCAGUAGCCGGGAACUAUUGA